CUCGGUCUUUGGUUGCCUGCCAUCGCUCUGAAACGACUGAGGUUAUUUAGCUCUUAUUCAUACAAACAUCGAAUACAAACGCAAGGAUACGUGUAGAUAAGCCCACUGGAGACUAUAGGAAGGUUGUAGGCAGGCUAGAAACACCGGUAUUAUUUUUAUCAGCCGGUGUUUGGUUUCUGUGAUUUCCUAAGUGAGUGGUGUAGCCAAUGCGUGACUCGAGAGAUCGUGGCCAGAUAAGCUGUGUGAGACUGUGAGGCAACUCGGGUUACUGGUUACGGUGCCUGACUGCCUGUCUAAUCUCUGGGAAGCAAGUUACAUAGUGGUCUUGUCUGUGUUAGUGAGGGUUGCUGGGGUGACGUGAGUAGUGCUGCUCAGAUUGGCAAAGGUGCUUGUAUAGGAGUGUACAGAACAGGAAGGUCUUUAAGUUUUCCAUUGGUGUUGUCUCUGUUAGUGAAGUGUAUUAGCGUGGGAGUGACUUGUAUUUCCAUCUUCCUAUGACCUGAAUUAAUUUAAGUUAAGAGGUAUUCACAGUUUAACACAUUUUUUAACGCCAGAUAAGAAAAAUAUUAAUAGGAAGCAAUGGGGGCUCUUCCAAAAGGCUACCAUGCCCUUACUUUCUUUGUUUAUGCCUUUGGUCUUUAUUUUGACCACUACAAACUCAUCAUCCCGGCCAGCUCCAAUAGUUACCGCUUGACACAUCAAAUCAUUGGCGGCCGCUGGAAGUACUUGACUUACAUCGACUUGGUCCUGCAGUGUAGCUUCUUUGGCCUGUGUGUGCUGAAUGACCUGCUCGGCUCAGAAACUGUGGUGGCGAACAAGAGAAGUUUCCUGCAGAAGCUUCGGGACUUUGUGCUCACAACGCUGGUGGUUCCUCUGGGAGUGUUCAUCCCACUCAUCUUCUGGGGACUGUAUGCUGUGGACCGAGACCUCAUCUUCCCUGUGUCUAUGGAUGCCUGGUUCCCGAGCUGGCUGAACCAUCUCAUGCACACGCUUCCCCUCAUUGCCUCUCUGCUGGAGGUGGUGUUUGUCAAUCAUGUGUACCCCCGUGGCCGCAUCUUGUAUAUCCCAAUCAUUGUGGCCUCAGCCCUCUAUGUGUCUUGGCUGUGUUUCAUUGCAUACUAUGGAGGCUUCUGGGUCUACCCAGUGUUUGAGGUGCUGGACUUCAAGAGCCGGGCUGUGUUCAUGGCCUGCCUGGUCCCGCCUAACCUCUUCUUUGUGUUCCUCGGCCAGAAGCUCCACACGGCCAUCUGGGGUUCAGGUAAGAGUUCUUCCAGACGCAGAGGCAAGAAGGACAAGUCACAGUAGAGAGACACAACGCGGGGACAAAAAAAGCUGAGGUGCAGAAAGUGUUGAGUGGUGCAAGUGUGUAGUAAUAAUAAGGUUGUUUAGCUCGUCCUUACAACCACCAGGGACUGAGGUAGAUACUUUAAAUCAGGUACAAAUGAGAAGAAAGACCUAGAGUGUACUUUUAUAUUGUAUUUAACUCCAGCAUUCAUGACUCAGGAGGUUCAGUUGUUGCUGCCGUGGCCUGUAGUGAAGGGAUGGGCACGGCUAGUCAUGUAAGUGUGUGUGUGUGUGUGAAUGGCAUUGUGGUUGCUACUCACCAGACAAUCUUUCCUCUGAAGUGAUGUUUUUUUAGUCAUCAUGUGUCUAUGUUUUCCAUUGUCCUCAGUACAGUAAAUGGGAUUGAUUGGGAUGUCAGUGGUGUUGAUUUUUGGGUCAGUGAACACAUGCUGAAGGGAAAGAUGGUGUGAUGUGAGUUCUCAAGUUAUGAACAGUGGUUGCUACAGAAUCACUCUCUCAAAUAGUCUUAAGAUUUGUUGGUAACAUUCCAAUAAUUUUUAGGAUUGCUGUUCCUUCCUCCCUUACCUUAGUAUCCUUGUGCUAUGGAUUUAUAGCAUCAGAUAUGUAGAGUAAAACUUUGAAAGUCUGUUGGCUUUCAUUUUGUUGUUUAGUAUGUUGUAAAUUUUUUGGCACUUGUAAAGUUUGGUGGAGUCACAAAAGAAGUUCAUCCUUGCAGUAUUGCUUCAAGUUCAUAUUCACAAUUUGGUUCAGGUUCUUUCUGACAGUUUUGAUAUAAAAAUAAUUGUUACACACAAGUACGUAUUAACCUUUCCAUGUGUUUUUGGAAUUACACACGUUAUGAAUGAAACACUUGGCAUAUUCAAGUUACAAUGAAGUAAGUGCCUUCACAGCAACCUUCAGGACAAAAUUGUGAGCUGGGUGGCUCUGUGCCUGGCUUGCACUCUACAGGUUGUCAGUGGCCCUGACUCACUACAGUGUCUAGGUGGGAGAGGUGGCACAUUAUCACAACUUUUCCUGGCACCAUAAGACUUCAUAUUGCCAUUACUGUCGUUAUUAAUUCUUUUGGAACAAAACUACUCCACCAAAAAGAUUACAUAGUGAAAUCAUAGCUAUCUAACCUGCCAUUAGAUAUAAUUGUUACUAAUGAGCAAAACAAAUUCUUCAUAAUCAUUGAAGUACUCUAUGAAGUUACCAAUUGCUGCUUGUGCUCAUAUUCCCAUUAUUAUAUAAGAAAGACGGGCUUGUAACUGUGACGCUGAAUUAAUUGUAUUGAAGAAGGUGCUGGAAAACAAAGUUGCGUACAUUAGUCAUUAACAUUCUCUACAACUGCAUGGAAGACUUAUUUGUAUGUUAUUAAUUUAAGAUUGUGCUUCAGAUGUUCAGUGUGUCGGGGUUUUGAAUGAAGUCAGUCAAGGAGGAAUAAAGAACAAUGAAGAAC